AAAAGGGGAGAAUUGGGCAAAAUAAUGGGAGAUGUAUCAGUCUGAAUGAAGCUGCUUUUUCUCCAAAAAUUAGGUAUCUUCACGUAAAAUGAGGAAUUCCAUACCAAAUGUGUUACAGGUGGAAAGACAUGACAUGAAUACCCUGAGUCUACCACUUAACAUCCGUCGUGGAGGUUCUGAUACCAACCUGAACUUUGAUGUACCAGAUGGGGUCCUAGAAUUUCACAAAGUCAAACUCAAUGCAGAUAGCUUGAAACAGAAAAUCCUCAAGGUUACAGAGCAAAUCAAGGUUGAACAAACAGCUCGAGAUGGAAACGUGGCUGAGUAUUUGAAACUGGUGAACAGCGCAGACAAGCAGCAGGCUGGGCGCAUUAAGCAAGUCUUUGAGAAAAAGAACCAGAAAUCUGCCCACUCCAUUGCCCAGCUGCAGAAGAAAUUGGAACAAUAUCACAAAAAGCUCAAGGAUAUUGAACAAAAUGGAUCUUCCAAAGCUACCAAGGAUACUUCCAAAGAUAACUUGAAAGACGUUCAACAUGGAAAGUCUCGUAGCACUGGGCACGGAGCAGAGAGCAGCAAGUCGGGUGUGCCGGGUGUAUCUCUGACACCCCCUGUCUUUGUUUUCAGCAAGUCCAGAGAGUUUGCCAACCUGAUCCGAAACAAAUUUGGUAGUGCAGACAACAUUGCUCAUCUCAAAAAUACCCUGGAUGAAUUUCGGCCAGAAACGAGUUCCAGAACCUAUGGGGGCAGCGCCACCAUUGUUGCCAAACCAAAAUAUGUUAGUGAUGAUGAAUGCUCAAGUGGGACCUCUGGAUCAGCAGACAGCAAUGGGAAUACUUCCUUUAGUCCUGCUGUGGCAAGCACCCUGGACAGCCAAGGAAAGCUUUCCAUGAUUUUGGAGGAACUAAGGGAAAUCAAGGAGACACAGUCCCAAUUAGCUGAUGAUAUUGAGAAUUUAAAAACCCAAUUUAAAAGAGACUAUGGCUUUAUUUCUCAGAUGCUACAAGAGGAAAGAUUUAGAUAUGAAAGAUUGGAAGACCAGUUAAAUGACCUCACUGACCUUCAUCAACAUGAGACAGCAAACUUGAAACAAGAGCUAGCCAGCAUAGAGGAGAAGGUGGCAUAUCAGGCCUAUGAGCGAUCACGAGAUGUUCAGGAAGCCUUGGAAUCAUGCCAGACCCGGGUUUCCAAACUGGAGCUCCAUCAGCAAGAACAGCAAGCACAGCAGUCUGAAACAGUUAAUGCCAAAGUGCUCCUGGGGAAGUGUAUAAAUGUUAUCCUGGCCUUCAUGACUGUCAUCUUAGUCUGUGUUUCUACUAUUGCAAAGUUCAUUGCUCCUAUGAUGAAGAGCCGCUUUCAUAUCAUCUGCACUUUUUUUGCAGUGACGCUGCUGGCAAUAUUUUGUAAAAACUGGGAUCAUAUCAUUUGUGCUAUAGAAAGAAUGAUUAUACCAAGAUGAAGCUAUUGGACUGGUUGGUCUUUUCUUUUUUCUUUUUUUUCCUUUCUUUUUCCCUUUUUUCUUCCCCUCCCUGUUUUUAAGCACUGUGUGUAUACAAAUUCUGGUGUAAAUAUAUAAAAGUAUACUUGUUGGCAGUCA